AUGGAGAUUAAAUAUAGUGUAAUUGUUGCCGUUAUUUUAGUUCCAUGGCUCAAAGUGGAAGGUGCACCUCAAAGAAUAUGUUUCCCGAAGCAUUUUAUGUUUGGUGUUGGCACAGCUGCGUACCAGAUCGAGGGCGCAUGGAACGUUUCAGGUAAAGGCGAGAGUAUCUGGGACCACUACACCCACUACCACCCGGAGCGUAUCUUCGACCACAGCAGUGCCGACGUGGCCGCGGACUCCUACCAUCAGCUCAGAGAAGAUGUGCGACUGUUGGUAGAACUGGGCGUGCAGCAUUACCGCUUCAGCAUCUCGUGGCCGCGGAUACUGCCGAUGGGACUUAGCAACGAUGUAAACGAAGAUGGAAUUAGAUACUACGGUGCGCUGAUAGACGAGCUCCUUGCACAUAACAUCGAGCCAAUGGUCACAAUGUACCACUUUGACCUGCCGCAGAGUUUACAGGACUUGGGGGGUUGGACAAAUCCGAUCAUUGCUGAUUACUUCUUGGAUUAUGCUCGGGUCGUUUUCGACCACUUCGGCGAUCGAGUCAAAGUGUGGUUCACGUUCAACGAACCCCUAUCAUUUUGUCACGAUGGAUAUGGUGGUUUGGACGCUCCUGGCGCUAACAGUAGCGGAUUCGAGGCCUACUUAUGUGGACACAAUGUACUUCGUGCGCACGGGUACACAUACAGACUGUACCAGCAGAACUACAGUCACCUCCAGCGAGGUGUGGUGGGGAUAGUGCUCGAUUUCGCGUGGUGUGAGCCAGCGACUACAUAUGAAGGCGACCAGAGAGCUGCCGAAGCUGCGAGGCAGUUUCGUUUCGGUUGGUUCGCCCAUCCGAUAUUCUCGUCUGAAGGUGACUACCCCCCCAUCAUGAGGGAGCGCAUCGACGAGAUCUCCAGGCGCCAGCACUUCCCACGCUCCCGUCUGCCCACUUUCACCGCAGAAGAAGUGACGCUAAUCCGUGGUUCAUCAGAUUUUCUGGGAUUGAACCACUAUACCACGUACUUGAUUGCACAAGGAAACGGAAAAAUAUAUCCGCAGCCGUCUUUUAAAACCGAUAUGGGUGUCGUUGUUACCCAGAAUCAGGAAUGGCCAAAGGCCAACUCCAGUUGGCUGAGGGUGGUACCGUGGGGCUUCCGACGAGCACUGAACUACAUCAGGCAGAAGUACAACAACCCGCCCGUAUUGGUGACUGAGAACGGGAUAUCUCUGGAACGUUCGAACCGAGAUGUUCGCCGCGUGGGAUACUUGGCGUCAUACCUGAGUGCGAUGUACGCGGCCAUGUCAGAUGGAUGUGAUGUACGCGGAUACACUUAUUGGAGCUUCAUCGACACCUUUGAAUGGACGAGUGGAUUUUCCGAGCGUUUCGGUCUAUACGAUGUGGACUACAGCUCGGCGUCUCGCAAGCGAACGCCGCGUUUGUCCGCGAGCUACUUCUCCAAAUUGGCGCGAACUCGCUGCCUACCCGACUCGUGGAAUUAA